AUGGCGGAAGGAGGAGCGGCUGAUCUGGAUACUCAGAGAGGAGAGAUCACGGCAUUCUUAAAAACACAGCUAAGGAAAGGGGACACUUGGUAUUUGAUCGAUAGUCAUUGGUUCAAGCAGUGGAAGAAAUAUGUGGGAUUUGAUAGUUGGGACAAGUACCAGAUGGGUGACCAGAACGUCUACCCAGGGCCAGUUGACAACUCUGGUCUUCUCAGAGAUGGGGAUGUACUGGCCAUCAAAGAGCAUCUCAUUGAUGAACUUGACUACAUCCUAGUUCCAACCGAGGGUUGGAAUAAACUCAUCAGCUGGUAUGGGCUGACUGAUGCUCAGAAGCCAAUAGAGCGUAAGGUGGUGGAACAGGGUAUGUUUGUGAAGCACUGUAAGGUUGAAGUGUACCUAACAGAGCUUAAACUGUGUGAAGACAGUAACAUGGACAAUGUGAUCACCAGACGCUUCAGUAAAGCUGACACAAUAGACAUGAUUGAGAAAGAGAUGAGAAAGCUGUUUAGCAUCCCAGAUGAGAAGGAAACAAGGCUCUGGAACAGGUAUAUGAGCAACACCUUUGAGCCUCUCAAUAAACCGGACAGCACCAUCCAGGACGCGGGGCUUUACCAAGGACAGGUUCUUGUUAUAGAACAGAAGAACGACGACGGCUCAUGGCCUCGGGGCUCAACCGCGCCUAAGUCAUCUGGUGCUUCCAAUCUCUCUGCUUUGCCAAAGAUCUCGCCUUCAUCUCUCACAAACAAUCAUAACAGCAGCUUCAACAGCAGGAAUGUGAAAAACUCGAGCUAUAACCUCCCAUCAUACCAUCCGUACAGUAACAACUACGACUAUGCAGACCAGUCCAGACAAAGUGAACGCUCAGGCCUCUGUGGACUCUCCAACCUGGGUAACACCUGCUUCAUGAACUCUGCUGUGCAGUGUUUAAGCAAUAUCCAGCCCCUGACCGAGUACUUCCUCAGAGAUAAGUAUGUGGAUGAAUUGAAUGAGGACAAUCCAUUGGGCAUGAAGGGGGAGAUAGCACGGUCAUACGCUGACAUGAUCAAACAGCUGUGGUCAGGCAAAUACAGCUAUGUCACACCAAGGCCUUUCAAGACACAAGUGGGACGCUUUGCCCCACAGUUUUCUGGGUACCAGCAGCAGGACUCCCAUGAGCUUCUGGCGUUUUUACUUGACGGCCUUCACGAAGACCUAAACCGCAUUCGGAAGAAGCCCUACAUACAGCUCAAAGAUGCCAACGGCAGGCUCGAUAAGGUUGUUGCUGAGGAGGCUUGGGAAAACCACAUCAAGAGAAAUGACUCGAUUAUAGUGGACAUUUUUCAUGGGCUUUUCAAAUCCACGUUGGUGUGUCCGGUUUGUGCCAAGGUCUCCGUGACCUUUGAUCCUUUCUGCUACUUGACGUUGCCAUUACCUAUGAAAAAGGAGCGUACAAUAGAGGUUUAUCUGGUUAGACUGGACCCUCUGGCCAAACCCACACAGUAUAAGCUAACCGUGCCAAAAGUGGGAUACAUCUCUGAUCUUAGUACCUCUCUUUCAAACCUAUCUGGAGUGCCUGCUGAAAAGAUGAUUGUAACCGAUAUCUACAAUCAUCGCUUCCACCGCAUUUUUGCCACAAAUGAAAACCUGAGCAGCAUAAUGGAGCGAGAUGACAUCUAUGUAUUUGAAAUCGCAGUGAACAGGGUUGAAGACACGGAUCAUGUGGUGAUCCCAGUGCACUUGAGGGAGAAGUACAAGCAGUCGGGCUACAACCACACCAGCACGCCACUGUUUGGACAGCCGUUCCUCCUCGCAGUCCCGAGAACUCUCAGCGAAGACAAGCUGUAUAACAUGCUGCUCCAACGCCUCUGUCGCUUUGUACGAUCGUCUGUAGAGGAGGAGGAAGAAGAGGAGGAAAAGUGUGAAGAAACACAAACCUCAAAACCUCACACAGUCAAUGGAAAUACAACAAACGGAGUGUUAGAAGAGGGCUCACCAAGUGAGAUGGAGACGGACGAGCAGGACGAUGAAUCGAGCCAGGAUCAGGAGCUGCCCUCUGAAAACGACAACAGCCAAUCAGAGGACUCGGCGGCCGGAGACAACGAAUUGGAGAACGGGAUCGUCGGUCAACAGAACUCUACGAAAGACCAACAGACCACCGGACACAACCGAAAAAGACUCUUUACAUUCCAGUUCAAUAACAUGGGCAAAACCGACUUCACGCUCAUAAAAGACGACACCAGGCAAAUCCGCUUCGACGAGGGGCAUCUACGACUCAGCGACCGUUCGUAUCUUUCCUUGGAUUGGGAACAGGACAUGAAAAAGAAAUAUUUUGAUGAAACUGUUGUUGAGGAUUACGACAAGCAUGAAAGCAUGGACUACAAGCCGCAGAAGAAAGCCUUCUUUAAAUUAAAGGACUGCAUCGAACUGUUUACGACGAAGGAGAAGUUGGGAGCAGAUGACCCAUGGUACUGUCCGAACUGUAAAGAGCACCAGCAGGCCACAAAGAAGCUCGAUCUCUGGUCUCUGCCUCCUGUGUUGGUGGUUCAUCUAAAGCGGUUUUCUUACAGUCGGUACAUGAGGGACAAACUGGACUCUCUGGUCGACUUCCCGCUAAGAGAUUUGGACAUGUCAGAGUUCCUCAUAAACCCUAAUACUGGGCCCUGUGUCUACGACCUCAUUGCUGUCUCCAACCACUACGGAGGGAUGGGUGGGGGCCAUUAUACUGCAUAUGCCAAGAACAAAGAUGAUGGAAAGUGGUACAACUUUGACGACAGCAGCGUAUCGCCGGCCGGAGAUGAUCAAAUAGUGUCCAAAGCGGGCUACGUCUUGUUCUACCAGCGAAAGGACACGGUCAAAGGCACGGGGUUCUUUGCUCUGGAUCGAGAACCGGAGGAAGAAGAAGAGGGGGAGGACAACGGCGAGUCUAACAUCGGAGAGUGCGGCGACGCGCCAGAGCGGAAGAACGCCCCCUCGCCGGACCCUCAAGAGACCCCGUGCACUGCUACAGCCGCCCAGAGCGACGAAGAAGACUUGAAUGAGAAUCGCAACGGCAGCAAUGACAAUGACAAUGACCAGCAGGCGGAUGACGAAGAGGAGGAGGAGGAAGAGGAGGAAGAAGUACCCAAUCGAGACGUCAGCAUGAAAAUCAACUGA